AUGCGGUUUGCUACUAGAUCAAAACUUCAAUUGCGUCCAUUGUGCAACUUCAAGACCCAAUUACGUCCCCUCCUGUUCACACAAACACGUAAAAUGCAAAUUCUUCCCAUUCCCUGCUCAUGGGGUGAGUCCAAUAACUACGCUUACCUCCUAAUCGAUGAACCUUCUCAGCAUGCCUGGUUAAUUGAUGCAGCAUUCCCCAACGAUGUUUCUAAAUACAUAGAAGAAGAAAAGCCUAAGUUUGAAUUGAAGGCCAUUGUCAAUACCCACCAUCAUUGGGAUCAUGCUGGUGGCAACCCAACCUACCACAAGAAAUAUCCAGACUUACCUGUGAUAGGUGGCGUCAAUUCCGAAUUGGUCACAUAUACACCGUCGCACCAAGAAGUUAUAGAUUUGGGCGACAAUAUUUCGAUUAAGGCAUUGCACACGCCAUGUCAUACUCAGGAUUCGAUCUGCUAUUACGCCAAGGACACAAAGAUAGGAGACCGUGCUGUGUUUACGGGAGACACAUUGUUCAUUAGCGGCUGUGGAAGAUUUUUUGAGGGCACAGCGGCACAGAUGGAUGCUGCAUUGAAUGGCAUCUUGGCCAAAUUGCCUUCUAAUACCAAAGUCUAUCCCGGCCACGAGUACACAAAGUCCAACGUCAAAUUCAGUAAAACUGUUCUUCAGAACGACGCCAUGGAUUCUCUUAUAGAUUUUGUGUCUAAGAAUGAGCACACGGUAGGAAAGUAUACCAUUGGCGACGAGCUCAACUUCAACCCCUUUAUGCGACUCUCAGAUCCACAAGUGCUUAAGGCCACAGGCAAAUCGGAACCUACCGAAGUUAUGGCCGAGUUGAGAAAUAUGAAGAACAAUCUGUAG